UCCUGCCGAGGAAGUUAUUAUAAUCUUCGCUCUCACUCUCUGUUCUUAAUUCACCACAAGCGUGACAACGCUACUGGGACUGAAGGACAGAAUUGUUACUCGGUUGCUUUUUUUUUUAAUUAAGAACAGAGUUUCCCAACAUUCAAAGAAAACUCGCAACAAGACAGAAUGAGGAUGCAUAACACUGCAGUGCUGCUAUUGUGUUUGGGAUUAUGGAUUCCUGUUGCCUUAUCGAAUUCAAUUCCUCCUGAAGACCUGGAUGGGUCAUCAGAUGAUGAAGAUUUCUCUGGUUCUGGAGAUGGCACUGUGUUUGAUACCCCAACUCCCUCUGAAGAUGAGCUUCAUUUGAAUGUCACUGCAACUCCCGUAGUCUUGAAAACAACUGAAUCCCCGAAAUUACACGAGGCUGAAGAACAAAGGACCACAUCAUUGGCUCCUGUUUCAUCGAGCAAAGUUACAACCAUGCCCGUCUCUACAGCAUCUCCUGAUACCACGGUGAUGCCACAGAUCCCCGUUCAGGAGCCCACCUCUGCCAAACCAGAAACAACAACCCGGGAUGUCGCCUCCCCUCCUAUUGUAGAUGUGGCCACCUCUGCGCCCAGUGCUGCAGACACCCCUCGUGGCAGUACUACUGCUGAAAUGGAUUUCCCACAUUCUGAGGACCUCGAGCCCACUACUGCAGCUCACAGCUCUUCAGCCACUCUCCCCAGCGAUGAUCAAAGUGCUGAUCCUUUCGUGAAGGGGACUUCCGUCGUCACUGUGGCUGCACCUUCACAGCCGCCUACCACUGCUGGAGCCGAAGAUGUGACCUUCAGAGAAGACUCGGUCCUGUCUUCCACCAUCCCCGUUCACACCACACAGCCCUCCAUCGAGCUAAUUCCAGAGAAUGAAAUUCAUCCGAAUCCCAGAAUGGUCAACACGGAAAUACAUUCCAUUUUGGCCACAAUCAAACCGGAAAAACCCAUAGAAAAGGUUGAUUCUGACAUAUACUUUGCGGAAGAGCGUCCUUUAGACUCUGAAACAUCAGAACAGGCUGCAAGUGAAGGACUCCUGGAAAACAAAGAGGUGCUGGCAGGUGUUAUCGCUGGUGGAAUCAUUGGUCUUGCAUUUGCUGUACUGCUUGUAGCCUUAAUGGUGUACAGGAUGAAGAAAAAGGAUGAAGGAAGCUAUGCUCUGGAUGAACAGAAACAUUCUAAUGGGGGCUACCAGAAACCACAAAAACAGGAGGAGUUUCUUGCAUAAACUACUGGGACAAAUACUCUUCUUAGAUCUUAAUUUCUGUCCCUGAAAUAUUUCUUCUUUGUGUCUGUUUUAUCAAGUGACAGACUUGUGGGCACAGACUUAAAACUUGGUCCUGCAGCCCAAGUCAUUUCUGACGUUUUGGAGGAGAAUUUGGAUGAAUCUUGCGCUUAUUUAAAUAAGUGAGCCUAAAGACACACUGAGCUUCUGACAAACAUGGAUUUUUCUCUAAUUUUUUUAAAGAAACAGUUUAGUUUAUGAUUCUUCUGUGAUUUUUUUUUUUCUGUUGCUGUUGAACUCAAUUCCUGUGCUUGGCAAAAGGGAAUUGGAAAACCAGUUACAGAUUGCUUUUUUCCAGUACAACAUUAGCAUUUGUUUCAUCGUAUGACUUUAACUCUGUACUUUUUUCCCCUCAACAUAAACAAAGGGAAUUUUUUUUUACAAGAAUGGUUCAGCAUCAAACCCAUUGAUGCAUAUCUUAGCUCAGCAGUUGUCGCAAAGGAUCAAAAUUCUCAUCUUUUUCCACAGAUGACAGCAGUAGAGCACAUUUUGCACAUCUAGGCAGGUGCAUGAGGUAGACUUUCAUACCAUCAGGCAUUGCAUGAUUCAGUUUAAUAACUUCCCUGUUCCUCCAAUAGUGGUUUGUCCAAAGAAGCUGCUGCUUCUGUCUUGGAAUACUGGUUUCUGUAUAUCUUUUCUACAUGGAGCAUCCUUGUUUAGACUUGAGGUUUUGUUUUAGUUUAGGAGACCACCUGUCUUUAUUAUAGGGCUAUUAUUUUAGCCUUCUAGCUAUCACGGAGACUUGCUGAAAAAUGAAUCCAUGUUUCUGAAGCAUUGUAAAAUUCUAAUUGAGACAUGCAGUGCAGAUUUUUACAAAAGACAUUUGGCAGAGAAAGCACUGAUAAUCAUUAGAAACUGGAUGUAAAUUGUAGAGAACCUUCAACCGCAAAACAUAAAUACUCUUCCAAGCACAUUUCUGUAUUGGAACAGCAAUGCAUUGAAUUGCCCAAUAGUAUUUGCCAGCAAGUUCCAGACUUUGUUGGGAAUUGUACACAAAGGGCCUAAAUAAAGCUUUUUCUCUCUGCACCAAAAUCCGAUUGCUGCCAUUGAUAAACAUUUUGUUUUGAGGCUUUCUUCUUUUGGCUACAUUACUACAGUACUAUAUUAAAUGGAGUAAAACAUAAUUAUAUGGAGAUUAAGUGUAUUUUCAAGUUGAACUGGUUUCUUGAACCAAUGUGGUAUGCUAACAUCACAUUUUGUUUUGGCUGCUGCUUUUUAAACUUGUAAACUAUAAUCUGAAUUACAGCAACUAGUUGGUAAUAGGUUUACAGAGCCAGAUCAUUUCAAUCAAGCCUUGAUUCAAGAAGUCUUUGACCAUUUUUGUUUUUGAAUGAUCACUAUACUGUUUACUAUUACAAACACAACAAAUGAGUAUUGAAUCCAAUAUACAGUCGAUAAUAUUAUGUGAAAAGUGCCCAUUGCCUAAUCAAAAUCUGUAGUAUCCCGGUGAUACAACUCUUAAAUGACAUGAUUGUGAAAAGGUUUUAAAGUUAUUGUGGCACACCUGGCACAAGUGCAAACUUUAGCUUGUUGCGCUUAACAGUCUUAGAUUAUUGCAUUUUUGGAAGUCACAAUGGGAUGCAAUAUGGGAAGAGUAUGGUUGUUGUACCACAAGAAUGUAAAAUGUAAUUAAUGGUGUAAAUAGUUGUACAACCGUUUGAAUGCCAACAAUGGAUACCCCCUAAUCCACUGCUGUGGACAAAAGCAUUAUCUUUUUAUUUUAAUGUGUAUAUUUUUCUUUUUCUAACUGUUAUGGACUGAUACACUGUUUUUUGUAAUGUCGUGCCACAGCCCUUUUUAUCCUCUGUGCUUUCGCUUCUCAUAAAAGGUCGGACUAUGCAAGUAUGAUACAAAAUGCCUUAAAUUGAAGUUUUCUAGAUAUCUGAAAAUAAAAUUGAGUAGAAUACUGUGGAGAAAUUGAUAAGUCCAGUGUACAAUGAUGUUAGUCUUUCAGAGUGAAGAGCAUAAAGACUAAUCCUGAGCUGAUUUUUCUGCAGUGUAAUGGAUAAUUUUUAUAUUUGGAACAAUGAACUUUUUAUAUAUUUGGCUCAGACUUGGAAUUGUAUAAAGGUUUCUAUUUAUUUGUGAGUUUCACAAUCAUGCAAUAAAUCUGAACAUUAUCACAAUUAAAUGGCAGUGCAUUUUCUUUGUAAUGUUUUCAAUUUUGUAUGUUAUUGCUUAUGUACUUCUGAAUAUGACAUUUACAAAUAAUACGUAAAUGAACUGCAGUGAAUCUGUGAAUAAUGCAACAGUUUUUUUUCCUAACAAUCCCUUAGUAGUUAACCAUUGAACCAUUCUGCCCAUCUAAAAAAGCUUAUGGUUUAAGAAGAGAAACUUUCAGUGGUAUCCACCAUCUUUUCAGACAUUAGAAGUAACUUAAUACUGCCUUUGUACCUUUGUUCCUGUUCUAUCUUUUGAUCGAUAAAAUCAAAUCAACUGAUCAAAUCAACUGCAUCACCAAACACCCAUUUGUGCAAAGAUACACGACAAGAUAGCUCAAAUAGCUCCUUUAAUAUGCCAGCAAUGAUUCUUAGAUUAAAUCUUGCUAACUCGGAUUUUAAGUGAAGGAGUAAUCUCAUACAGAUACAGGUAUACAGUCACUUUGAGGGGGAAUACAGUGUAGGUGAACUUGUUUUUUUUUACUUGCUCUGAUGUCACUGCUGUGAAUGCAGUAGUAGAAAUUCGGUUACAACUCCGGGUUUAUUAUCCAUACUGUUCUUUCUGUCUGUAUAAAAAGCUUAAUGAGAGGUAUUUCUCAAGCUUUCUUUUUUUUUAAAUUGCAUGCAAAAUUCUCUGGGUAAGGUGAAGACAUUUCCAGGAAUUAAUCACAUGUGUGAUGUCUCUUCACAUACUUACUUAGGCUCAUGGUGAUCUCAGUGGGAGAUGCACCCAUCCGCCACCUGAUAUCGACUCUCCAAUGGGGUACCCUUUUUAAAACAUGUCAAUAGGUAAAAUGGUUCAGUAGGAAAUGUAGGUUG